GGAGCGCAACUCUAAAGUGAUGCAUUGGUGCUUGUGGACGACCUGUAAUUAAAAGUGCAACUUGGCUGCUCCGCACCGAAAGUUUUCAGCUAUUUGCGAAUUUAUUGGAUUAUCUUCUUUUGGGACUUGGAUAAGAAUAUAUAAAAUGGAUUUGAGGAUUAUUUUCCCAGUGUUGUCCAUGCUGUCUUCUGGAAUCUUUGACUUUGUUACAGCGGCAUCUCUGAAUCACAUAUCAUCACCUGGCGCAUCAGUGUCCGCGCGCCACUCCAGACCCAAACGAUGCUCCUGCGAAAGUUUUAUGGAUAAAGAGUGCGUUUACUUCUGUCACCUGGACAUCAUAUGGGUCAACACACCAGAGCGAACCGUAUCUUACGGACUUGGAAACGCUCCACGCAAGAAGCGCGCAGUCAGAGAACCUGUUGUGCCCAAACCGCGCUGCAAAUGUGCAGAUAGCAAAGACAAAACAUGCACUUCAUUCUGUCAAGCGAACAACGCGUAUAAGACAGAAUCAGACAGGGCCAUCCCAGCCGCCCAGGGCCACGACUGUGCCAGGCAGGAAUGCAAACACAAACUGGCAGCAAUACAGAAAGCAAUUAAACGGGUGAAAAUCACACACCAGAUUGAUGACUUGAGGGUGAUGGCCACCAAAAAGACACAACAACUUCUGAAAAAAUGGCAAUUGAGGCAGCGUCACAAGGCUCCACGCGGACGCCCGAAAACAUCGCCUCCUACACCGACUUUAACCAGCGUAUAAACUUUAUUGAUUCGCUCUAGGAAAAAGGAUUUAAAUCUCCUCUUCUCCACUCCUCUCGACACGUCAUAUGGAGAGAAGUCAUCAUGGAAUCCUUUUCAAAUGUGUGUUGGAAUACCUACAGAUAUCCAUCCAGGAUUCAGGUGUUUUCACGCGGACUCCACCCCAAGGGUGAGUCAACCCAGCACACAGACUGAACUCGGUUUGAGUCAUGGAGAAGAAAUCGAACGUUUGGAGAUGCUGUUGACUGAAACGAAAGAAACCUCAAGGCGUCAGGACUAUCUUGAUCCAGGACGCAUGGAAUUUUCAAUCCCUCUUGAGAAGGGAUAUUUAAGACUUGACCACAUCACAUGUCUUGCACAGGAAAAAUAUGCUGUUAUCCAAAGAAACAAUCAGAGACAGACAGAAACCUAAGGCGAUAUACGCACAAGAAGUGUUACACUACAUACUAAAAACCUACACACUACAAGUCCUACACAUUGAUGUUAUAAUGCAAAAUGAGCUCUUAUUAUCUGUAAUGAGACUAAUGCUCUUUAUACACUGUACAAUGAUGAAGCUCUGAAAUUGUAUCAAUGGAAAAUUAUUUUUAACAUUUAUGUUAAAUAUGUAUCUUUAAUAAGCCAUAUUGGCUUCAGAGAUGUUAUUUCUAUGAAAUAUAUCAUGUUAUAUUGUGUCAUUACCCUUUUUGUGGUAACAUUGUUAAGUAUUAAUAAAUAAUUUGUAUUAUUUAAACAAA